AUGUCAUCACCUAAAGUAUUUGUGGUCACUGGCGCAAAUAAAGGGAUUGGUUACGGGAUCGUAAAAGGUCUUGCUGAGAAGUUGCAUGGUGCAAUCGUUUACCUUACGGCGAGGAAUGAGAAAUUGGGUACGGAAUCAUUGGACAAAUUGAUAAAAGAAUUGGGUAAUAAGCGCCAUUCUGACAUUCAUUUUCAUCAACUUGACAUUACCGAUCGCAACAGUUGCGAGAAUUUUGCUUCCUAUUUGAAAAAAGAACACAAUGGAUUGGAUGCAUUGAUUAACAAUGCAGGAUUUGCUUUCAAACAUGCAGCAACAGAAUCACCCGAAGAACAGGCUCGCGUGACAAUUGUUGUUAAUUGCAGUGGUACUAAACAAGUUUCUAAUAUAUUAUUUCCUCUCAUUAGAGAUGGUGGAAGAGUUGUUAAUGUAAGCAGCUCAGAAGGUGUCAUUGCCGGACGUUACAGUGAUAAAAUUAUUGCUAAACUUACCAGUCCUUCGUUAACAAUUGCUGAUAUCGACAGCUUCACUCAUGACUACAUAAAGGCUUGUGUUGGAGAUAAGAGGAAAGAAAAUGGCUUUCCUAGCUCAGCAUAUAAAGUGUCAAAAGCUGCCGAGAUAGCACUCACAUUUGUCCAAGCAAAAGAACUGAAACCUCGAAAUAUUUUGGUAAACGUGUGCCAUCCCGGAUAUGUUAAUACAGAUAUGACAAGUCAUCAUGGCCCUCUAACAAUUGAAGAGGGUGCUGAUACACCUAUUUAUUUAGCAACAUUGGAAGGCAAUGGACCAACUGGAAAAUUUUUUUAUAAGAGAAAAGAGAUUGAUUGGAAUCUUCCGUUUGUCAGCAAUUGA